GUUCACAAGCGGUUUAAGGCUUUUUGCAGUUUGAGGUAUUAACUCGGCCUGGCAGUCGGCCGCGAGUCGGGUAAUCUUAACUACGAGAAGGCCGUCUGACAUUGGGCGUACGCAAGGAGGCAGUAAUUGGUUUCCAUUGGCCAUUGACCUGACCCAUCGCCAUCCAACCAUCUCGGAGUCAACCGGCAUCAUCUUCAACUCCCUCUUGCGCACCACAUCUGCCAAUCUACCAAAUAGACAAGAUCCGGCCGAAACCGCCGAAACCGCCGAUAACCGCCAACAUGCCGCGCCCACCCCUCGCGCAGAACCGCACCAUGGCGAUACUCAACGCCGCCAAAGAGGGCGGCUACGCGGUCCCCGCCAUGUGCUGCUACAACAUCGAGUCCAUCAUUGCGACCGUCCGGGCUGCCGAGGCUGCCCGGUCGCCGGCCAUGGUCCUGCUCUUUCCCUGGGCGAUCGAGUACGCGGGCGAGGCGCUGGUCAAGGCGGCCGCCUCGGCGGCCCACUCGGCGUCGGUGCCCGUGUCGCUGCACCUCGACCACUGCCAGACGCCCGAGCUGGUGCGGCGGGCGGCCGACAUCGAGGACGGGUUCGACAGCAUCAUGUGCGACAUGAGCCACUACGACAAGGAGGAGAACCUGCGGCUGACGGCCGAGCUGGUCAAGUACUGCCACGAGCGGGGCAUCGCCGCCGAGGCGGAGCCGGGGCGGAUCGAGGGCGGCGAGGACGGCGUGGCCGAGACGGCGGACCUGGAGGGCCUGCUGACCACGCCCGACGAGGCCGAGGAGUUCGUCAAGACGGGGAUCGACAUGCUCGCGCCGGCGUUUGGCAACGUGCACGGCGAGUACGGCCCGCGCGGGAUCCAGCUCGAGUACGACCGGCUGCGGGCCAUCAACGAGCGCGUCGGCGACCGGGUGCGGCUCGUGCUGCACGGCGCUGACCCGUUCGACGAGGACAUCUUCCGCAAGUGCAUGGCCGCCGGGGUGACCAAGGUCAACAUCAACAAGGGCAUGAACAACCACUAUGCGCGCGUGCAGCAGGAGAUGAUGGGGAAGCCGCUGACCCGCGUCAUCGAGGCGGGCACCGACGCGAUGCAGAAGGCCAUUGAGCGCUACGCGGUGUGGCUUGGGAGCGCCGGGAAGGCUUGAUGGGCUGGCUGUAAGGAGAGAAAUGCCGGGAGAGGAAAAAAAAAUUAAUGAAAAUAAAGAAGAACAAAAUUUCGAUUUUUGAUUUCUG